AUGACGUACCUCUUAUACCUUCCACAGUUUCAGUUACCAAUCCCCGGCAGCGGCGCCAUUUUGAUUGGUCUAUGGAAAACACCGUAUCGAUUGGUCUAUGGAAAAGGAUGUCACUUACCGGUAGUAAUUGCACAUCGUGCAUUUUGGGCAGUUAAACAGAUUAACAUUGAUUAUGAUACUGCAGGUAAGGAGAGACAAUUGACAUUGGGUGAACUAGAAGAGAUAAGAAAUGAGGCUUACGAUUGUGCUGCUGCAUACAAAGAUAAGAUGAAAAAAGUGCACGACGCGAAGAUUAAGCCGAAAGUGUUUGAAGUUGGCCAGCUUGUGUGGUUAUACAAUUCCAGGUUGAAACUGUUCCCUGGAAAGCUGAAGAGUAAGUGGACAGGGCCUUAUCGUGUGACGAGGGUCGGAAAACACGGUGAUUUUGAGAUUGAGGACUUUGAUGAUCAUAUCCGCCAGAUGGUGAACGACCACAGACUGAAGCCGUACUUCAAUGCUCGAGAAAUUAACGGUCCUGGGAAGAACGUGGAGGUGCUAUACGUGAGCACAGUCUGCGAGGAUGUUGCGUAA